AUGGCUGAAGGAAACCAACAGGACGCUUUUCUUGGACUCGCUCCAGAGGAUGAGAAAUUCGCUAAGAAUCUCAUCGCUAAGCUUGCUUUGAGUUCGCUGUCAUUGCCAUUGACAGUCACCCGAACCCUCAUUCAACUUGGCCACGAACCCUUCCCGCUGUCGACUGGAAAGACCCUCAUUUGCGCUGGAAGAAAUGCGUAUUUCCUCCCAAAUGCUUUUAGCUACAUGACAAUGAGGAGGACCUGGAUGAAGAGGAUGAAUCGUCCGACAGUGACAACGAUGCUCAUAUUGAUGAUUCUCGAGAAAAUCUUAAGUUCAGCUGCUUCUCAAGUCUCCAAUGACCUGAACUGUCUCACAUCGAAAAACUUCAAAAUCUCCAGAAUCCACGAGAUUCUAAACUUCCUAGAAACCCUGUUCACAUCAAGAGAACACGAGUCAUUCCUGUUGGAAUCCAAAGAAAUCAUGUCUCAAUUUUCAAAUAUGAGAGACGCCUUCAUAAAAGUCAACGAUUUUUUGGAGAAAAAUCGAGACAAAGACUUUUCCGGAGAUCCGAAUAAUCCAGUUCUAAAGCUCAAAGAGCCCGCAAAAGUGGCAGCAACAUUUGGCUCGGGGGUUCGAGCUCUGUUUCCCGUUUGGCUCGUUUAUCAGCAUAGAGGUCAAUUUUUGGAGACCGCGAAUUUUUCGAAAAAUGUUCAAGAUUUGAUUGGAAGCUCAAAUAACGAUUCGGUGACUCGAAACUUCUGGGCAACUGGCUCGGCAAGUUUGGAAAUUCGAAAUCUAGUUGGGCAAAUGGACGCACUCAAUAGCUGGUCAGAAUAUGUCCAGGACAAGGACAUUUUGGAAUUCCGAAACGUAUUUGAGCUGGCGAAAAAUAUUACCGGAUUCAAGGGACAGGACAAAACAUUUAGCCAUAUUUCGAAGCAGUUAUGGGAAUAUGAUUCGGAUGAUUUGGACUUUGAUCAAGCGCUGAACAACAGUGAACAUCUAUUGGAGCUAAAUUUGGAUUUCACGAAUUUCGAAGGAGAAUUACAAGCGGCGAAGUUGAGUUUUCUAGAGAUUAAGGACUAUUUUGAUGAGAUUUUUGGAUUGAAAACGGAGGAAGAGGAUGGGAAAAUAAUCGAAAACUCGUAUCUUCUGGUUAUCUGUAUUUCGAUCCCCGUAUUUUUCCUUCUGGUCAUUUGUAUAUUCGGUAAGUACACGCCUGCCCAUGCCUUGCCCAACGCUUGUCCAUUCUUGGUCAACCCUUGUCGAUGCUUGUCCAAAGUUUGUUCAAAGCUUUUUUUCAUGGAUCGCCAGGAUGGUCAGAAUGCUCUAAUCGAAGCCGUCCGGGAAAUACACGCAUCGCAUGUUCGAGAAAUUGUGAGGGGUGGAGCCUAUAUCAAUGUCUACAGUCAACACGGAAACACUUGUCUCCACAUGGCCACCAAACGGGGAUAUGCCGAAAUUGUUGAGAUUUUAAUCAAAAAUGGGGCGGACCGAAGUCUGCUAAAUUCUCAAAAUAAAACACCCGAACAAAUGUUGAAUACCAGCUAUCGGACGACCCAAACGGAUAGUCGAAAACUGGAAAAUUACGAAAAAAUUGAGAAAAUUUAUAAGAAAUCGAAAAACAAGAAGUACCGAAUUCGAGUUCCUGACAUAUUUCCGUCGAGCUCAUUUCACAUUUUUGCUGAUAAAAAUACGGAUGACGAGUUGACGAAUCGAUUUAUGAACCAGUUUUCGGCGAUUGUGAUGAUCUCUCUGGUGACUCUUGUGACCACUCAUGGAGGUAUAAUACUUGAACAAUUUCCUGAAAAGUCUCAAUUUAAUAUUGGAUCUCAUCCAUACCUUCAUGCACAUCUGGGACCCCUUUUUAUCAUUCACGAUGGACAGACAAAUCUGGAAUCCUACAAAAAUGAUACGGACAAAAUGUACACACUGUUUACGGAAGAAGAAUUCAUUCAUUUUAUGCUUAAGCGAAUGAUCAAUGUGGAUAAAAGUGAAAAUCCGAUUUCGGUGUUGGUGGAUGGAGAGGAUUAG